AUGUCAGAAGAAAAGAUAAAUUGGAGUGAAAAUCGUAGUUUGCAGGUUGGUGAUCUACCACAAACAUUAAAAGUGUUGGUGUUUAAUACACAGUAUAAUCAACCUCUAUCAGUAGGAGUAUUGCCAUCAUCAUUGGAGGUGUUAUCAUUUGGUUUCGAAUAUGAUCAACCAAUAUCAGUAGGAGUAUUACCAUCAUCAUUAAGAGUGCUAUCAUUUGGUGAAAAGUAUAAUCAACCACUAUCAGUUGGUGUUAUACCAUCAUCAUUGCAAAAGCUAGAGUUUGGUAAAGAGUAUAGUCAACCUCUAUCAGUAGGUGUAUUACCAUCAUCGUUGGUCGAGUUGACAUUUGGUAAUUGGUUUAAUGAAGAACUAUCAGUAGGAGUUUUACCAUCGUCAUUGCAAGUGUUGAAAUUUGGUGAUUGCUAUAAUCAACAAACAUCAGUUGGAGUAUUACCACGCUCAUUAAAAGUAUUAAAGUUUGGUGAUUACUAUGGUCAACCAGUAUCAGUAGGUGUAUUACCAUCUUCAUUGGAAAAGUUGUCUUUUGGUGGAGCUUAUAACCAACCAAUAGCUGUUGGUGUAUUACCACAAUCAUUGGUAGAGUUGACAUUUGGUUAUAUAUUUAAUCAAGCUGUAGAAGUAGGUGUAUUACCAUCAUCUUUGCAAGUUUUAACGUUUGGUGACAAGUUUAAUCAAGUUUUAUCAGUAGGUGUAUUACCAUCAUCCUUGCAAAAGUUAAAGUUUGGUUCAAAGUAUAACCAACCAUUAUCAGUAGGAGUAUUACCAUCAUCAUUGAAAGAGUUGGUAUUUGAUUGGGACUAUAAUCAGGAAAUUGCAGUAGGAGUAUUACCAUCAUCUUUGGAAAAGUUGCAACUUGCCCAAAAGUACAAACAAGCAAUUGCAGUCGGAGUGUUACCAUCGUCAUUGAAAGAAUUAAUAUUUGGUGGAAGUUAUAAUCUACCUUUGGCAGUAGGUGCAUUACCAUCAUCUUUGGAAAAGUUACUACUUGCCAAAAAGUAUAACCAACCAAUUACAGUAGGUGUAUUACCACAAUCAUUGGUAGAGUUGACAUUUGGUUAUAACUUUAAUCAACCAAUCUCAGCAGGUGUAUUGCCAUCAUCUCUAAAAGUAUUAACAUUUAUUGCUGAUUAUAAUCAUUCACUCAAGUAUGGAGUAUUACCAAGAUCUUUGGAAAAGGUAACCGUUGGUUAUCGUUCUUAUGGUGGAGCUUCAUUAACUGAACUUUUUUAA